AUGUCCACCCCCUGUGCCGUCCCCCGGACGGCUCCCAUCGCCAUUGCCCCCAAACCGCCGCGCUUCCCCCCGAGCCGCCAGGGCAGCGUCCACCUCGACUCGCACCCAGGUUUACGGAACGGCUUUGACUCGCCCGGUUCCGACUCGGUCAAUAGCCAUCUUUUUCAUCCGUGUGAAGCUUGCUUUCGCAACAGAAAUGAGUGCGUCAUGAGCGAAGAAGGCGAGAGCUGCGUGGCCUGCCUCGUCGCAGGCACUGAGUGCUCCUGGGCAGAAAGCCCGCCGCUCAGGAAGCGCAAGCUGAAUGGGGACCUGGAAGACAACAGCAGCAAGAGAAGUUCACCAGGACGCUCUGAUUUUAGAAGACGGCGGCACCAGCAACAAAGUCUCUCAUGUGCCACCACCACCAGCUCGCUGAUAGAGGAUAUGGCCAACUUCGGCGGUCCGACGCUCCUGAAGCGCACUCUUGGACUCCAGGAGGAUAGAUACAGCCAAUACAUUGGACCAACCACCGAUUUCGAGCCAUCUCUUAUCAACCUUUCCAACUUCGACACCCAUGACGAGAGCCUGCUUGCGCGGGGUACGCUCCGGAGGGUCAGUGAUGAAGACACCUUCCUGCUGCUCCCCGACAGCGCCACGCCUGGUUAUCAUCGCAUCCUGGAAGAUGCCGACGAGAUCGAGAGGAUAGUAGCGCCGAAUGGGCGCAAGCUAAUCGACCUGUACUUCAAGAUCGUUCAUCCGGCCUUCCCCAUUCUCCAGAAGAAUGUCUUUUACGAAAAGUACGAGCGCUCGUACCGCGAAUUCUCGCCCCCGCUCCUCGCCGCCAUCUACCUGCUCGCCAUCAACUGGUGGGACCACUGCGAGGAACUAGCCGGACAGCCCAAACCGAAUGUGCGCGAGCUCGAGCGGCUGGUGCGGACCAGCCUGGCUGACGCUAUGUAUCGGCCGAAGCUGUCCACGAUCCAGGCCGGCCUGAUCUUGUCUCAGCGACCGGAGGGUGACCAGUGGGCGCCCACCGGACAGCUCGUGGCCAUUGGUCAGGAACUCGGCUUGCACUUGGACUGCACACACUGGAAGAUUCCUCCAUGGGAGCGUGGUCUGAGAAAACGCCUUGCUUGGGCUCUGUACAUGCAGGAUAAAUGGGGGGCUCUCGUCCAUGGUCGUCCGUCGCACAUCUUUGCCUCCAACUGGGCUGUCCAGCAGCUGACUCCGAACGACUUCCCCGAAGUCGAAUGGGACGAAAACAAUAUGGAAGAGCGCAUGGAGAUUGAGCGCGGUCGCGCUGUGUUUGGACAAAUGGUGCAGUUGUCUCAGAUCUUAGCCGAGAUUCUCGAGACCUUUUACACUCUGCAGGCUUCACAAGCUGUGGCUGCAGCGGGCCCUCAAGGAACACAGUUGGUCUUGUCGUUGGCGAAGCCGAUACAGCUGAAGUUGAAGGAGUGGUACAGCGGGCUUCCAGCCAUUGUCCGUAUGGAGCCGAGCAUACAUCAAAGCAUGCAGCAGCCCGGCAAGUUCUCGCCUAUUGGAUACCUGCACCUGGCCUACUUUGCCACUGAGAUUACUCUCCAUCGUCGCAUCAUUCGUUCCAUGGAGUCAUCGGCGCAGGCAGCACGAGCUGCUGCACAAUCAGGGGCAAGCAAUGCCACUACAAACGGGGCCGGAACCAAGACGUCGCAAUAUUCGGCGUCACCAGCCGGCAGUAAUCUUGGGAACCCCUACCCUCCUUGCGGAAUUGACCCCUAUGUCCAGCAUAUCUGCCGUAGCGCUGCCAAGGCCCGUUUGAUCUCGGCCAUGGACUUUGUCAACCGUCUAACCCCAGCCCAUCUCCGCGCUUUUUGGUACUUUGCUUCUAAGACUAACUUUGCUCUGAUCGGCACGUUUGGUUCGUUGCUGUGGGCUACGUCCCCCGGCCGUGAGGAGGCUGACUGGUACCGUCGUCGUCUGGGCGAGUAUCGCUGGACGCUGUCAGUUAGCUCGAAGCCCGGCGAGGGUAAGGGCCUGACGGAGUUUGCCAUGGGCAUGCUCGACAUCUCAACCGGCCUGCUCAAGCAGCUGCCCGAGAAGCCGUCACUGAGCCGGAGUAACAGCGCUGUUGACCUGGAUAUGGUUCGCAGACAGAGCAUGCUAGCGCUCGGCGCUGCUAGUCCGGCAGCAGCGCUGCCGGGGCGGAGUUCUAGCAUGGCUAGCAUGAGCGGCCUGAGUACGCACGGAGGUAGUGCGGGUUCCCGGUUCCAACAAAGUAGUGCCGAGGGUAGCGGGGUUCAGAGCCCAAGAAGUCCAGAGAGCGACGAGAGCGAUGAUGACGAUGGUGUCUAUGGCAACUUUUCCGCGACCGCUGGAAUGGCGGGGAUAGGCGACUGA